AUGGGUUCGGGCUUUUCUCAAUGUUUUUGUCCACAAAAAUCAUAUCAGCUGAUAAAUCCUUCAAUUAUCACCAUUUCUCAAAAAACUACCACUUUGGUCCCCGAUUUCAACAGUCAAAAUGAUCAAAUUAAUUCCCUUACAUCAAUAUUUGUAACAAACCUUAUAAAUGAGGCCGAAACUAAAUUAAAUUCUCAUGAACAUAAUAAAUCAAUAAAUCUUCUUUUGAGAGCGACUCAACUUGGAUCCGCAAGUGCCGCAACGAAAUUGGGUACGAUUUAUUUAAAUGGCAUUGAUAACGAUUCGGAAGUCACGGAAAUCGCUCCAGAUUAUGUUUCUGCUGCGACUUAUUAUUUUAUAGCUUUAAAACUUACUUUAAUGAUUCCUUACGCUUCAUGGGAUAUUGAACUUAUCCUUGAUACUGUUUCGGCCUUAACAAAAUUAUAUUGCAAUCAACUAGGAAAUCCAAAUAAUUUAGAUAUCUUAAAUCAUGGGGUGAAAUUAAUGGGUGAGAUUGAUAAAAAUCUGCAAGAUACGUAUUUCAUGAGGAUUUUUUCGUAUAAACAAACUCAAAGGAAAAGGGCAUCUCGCAUUCACAUAAAUUAUUGUCACGCGAUAACUGCUGAAUCGAAAGGUGACCUUUUAGAAGCCUUAAAAGGUUUCGAAGAAUGUGAGUUGAUCGGACAAUGUGGGAUAGAAAGUGCCGAUAAAUUAAUUAAAAAAGCAAAUUCUAGUAUGCAAAGGUUAGAUAAUACAAGACCAAAAGUUCAACCAAUUUGUGUCCAAUGUAAUUUUGAAGCUAAAGAUUUAAAUGAUAUUUGGAAUUUAUUAAUUUGUACAAGGUGUAAAAAAGUGGCAUGUUGUAGGGAAUGUCUAGACAAACAUAUUAUAGGUCAUCUGAAUAGAAGAAAAUAA